CAAGUAAGAGUCAAAAARAUUCAUUUGWACURAAGUGCAAACACGCAACGUAUCUYGUCAAGAUGGGAUCACUAGUUCUCUUCGUGUUGGUCUUGUUUGUUUCAUCCCGUCAGCUUGAUGCCUUCUGUGGCGACAGAAAGUUGAAUGGCGACCUGGCUCGUUCAUCUGUCAGAGCAGCAGAGUUCAUCCGCUCCAAGGUGCUGGACAAAACAACCUUUAUGAGAGGACAUCACCUAGGCGCUGCUCUCUUCUCCCUCAGACUCGCCGGCUUCUCCCAGGACAUGCUAUCCCGAGUUGACAAAGACAAGUUUGAGAACGACAUCAAAACGAGGAACAUGUCUGAAGUGACUCCCGGCGAAGCUGGAUACUACAUCCUAGGUGCCCUUGGAACCUGCCAAGAUCCCAAAAACUAUGCAAAGUUGGUGCAGAGGCUUAAAGACGGAAUACCGGAGUACCCGGUAGUCGGGUUUAACCAUCCUUUUCCCUACGGUUUAGCCAUCCUUGGGUUAUGCAUUAGCGGCGAGGGAAGAGAUUUCUAUCCAAGUUAUGCUGACAAGCUGGUGCCCUUUAUCAAAAAGUCAGUGAAACUACACCAUGCUGGAGACACAAUGUCGAUGCUGACACUAGCACUGUCUUGUAUUUACAAAGAUGACAGCUUGAAAAAUAACCAGACUAUCAAAACCACCCUCAAUGAGGCGGCAAACACGAUGGUGGAUUCUCAGAAAGAAGAUGGCAGCUUUGGCAACAGUAUUACUACUGCUCUUGUCGUCCAGGCACUUUUAACGAUGAAAAUCGACCCAAACCAAUGGGACUGCAGGAAGACCAUGAUGUCCAUGCUGUCCAGUCAAGCCAGUGACGGUUCGUUUGUUUAUCACUAUCUGAUGUCUGUGGUUCAAGUGAUUCCAGCUCUCAUUGGUGCUAUUCCUGAGGACAUCAAACACAUCAAGUGUCCUGUUAUUYCAACUGACAAACAAGUUGCGAAAAUCCAAGUGUGUGUUCGCCUGGAGUUCUUGACCACUACCACCAAUGGAACAUUGCUUAAGGCACCACCCCCAGUUCACCUCACCGUCGGCGAAGGCACUAACGCGUACCGCAUCCUCCUCCUUGCCGCGAAAAAACACCAGUGUUAUAAAUUGACUGCAGUUAAAGGCGCGUAUGGACAUUCUGUCGUGUCCAUCUGCGGCGUACGCAAAGACCCGGCAAGCAAGAAAUAUUGGAUGAUUUAUUCUGCUCCGAAUAAAUCAGCCGGAACGGGCAUCGAUACGUUCCGUCCUAAGAACGGAACCUGCGUCAUCUUCAAGUACCAGAAACUGAAUUUUUAGUCACAAGCACCUAAACAACGACGGAUGCUUUUCCUCUUUUAAGCAAAAAGUUUAAAUAGAUAUGAUAGCUGUUUUACAGUGAGGACACACUUGAAACCGUGAACAUUUCGAGUUUUUUUUCAAGAUGUUAUUUUCUUGACUUUCUAUUGUUUCAAACCCACCUGAAUGAAGCAUUGUGUUGUUACUUAGAGUGAUGAAAAUUAAUCUUAUUUCCAAUCGAUUGGCUCAAGGGAUAAAUUUACAAUAUCUAUUUUAUGACAAAAAAACAAAAAAGAACUCAAAGUGUUCACCGUUCGAGUGUCCUCACUGUAACCCGCUUAAUAUAAUACUUCAAGGUAUAUUUUUUUGUAACGAUGCGAUAUUCUUAGGUUAAGCAUUCGACAAGAAGACUUGUCUUAAUGCUAUAAUAUGAAAGUAAGUAAGCUAAAGAAAGGCCUUUGGUAUACAAGAUUGUGAAAGAGUUCCAAAAGAAUGUGGCUAUCUGAGAAACUACAUUGCUAAUAAAUAUAGCAGUAUUAAUAUGAA